AUGAUCACAAGCACAAUCGAAAUCGCCGCGCCGCCGGCCAAAGUGCGCGAAAUCUUCCUCAACUUCUCCGCCUACCCAGAAUGGCACACAGAGUGGCUGAAGGAGAUCAAAACCCAGGGCAAGACACCCGUGGAGCUGAGCGCGGGCGAUAAGAUCGACGUGAACAUCGAGAACUUCAAAUUCGUCGCAGAAGUUAAGGAAAACACCGAGACCUUGUUCUCUUGGCAGGGCCCGCCCGUCUUCACUAUUGCUGGUCUGCAUAAAUUCCAUAUUGAGCCUGCGAACGAUGGCGCGUCGACGAUCUUUACGCAGACGGAGGAUCUGAAGGGUCUUCUUGCAUUUAUCAUGAGCCCUUCGCUGCUUGGGAAGAAGAUGCGUGCUCAUUUCGAUGUCUUUCACCGGGAUCUGAAGGCUCGUGCUGAGCAGGCGUGA